AUGUAUAACCAACAACAGUAUCAAUCGGGACCCUUACCCCAACAAAAAUCUACUAUUCAAAAAUUACUUGAUGAUAAUUCACUAUUAAUUUCAUUAAUUCUUGAUUUACAAUCUAAAGGAAAACAAAUCGAAUGUCUUGAAUAUCAAAGAAUAUUAUAUCGUAAUUUAACUUAUUUAAUUCAAUUCGAUCCAUCAACAUCUCAUCAUCCAAAUCAUCUACCACCACCUGAUGCAUUCAUUCAAUCACAACAACAAUCUAUGAUCGUAAGACAUUCUUGA